AUCCGCGUUGACAGGCAGCGUCAAUGACGAUGCUGCCUCCGCAUUUCUCUCUCUGUGACGACGGAAUAUUAAUGCUUGGCAGGCCCCUAUUUUCUCCAAUGAACCGACUCGCCUCGACCCCUUUCUCCUUUGCUCCUCCACGAUGCAUAUCAAACCCCAAACCUUCGAUGAUAAUGCGUCCGUGGAUUCGUAUGACGUGAUUGGCAACAACCAAUUCGUGGCUUCUUUCCGCUUCAGGAUGUUCCAGACCCGCCUACGCAUUACACAGGAAUUGGCCGUGGAAUUUGUUGCCGCGGGACGUAUAUGGGUGUUGCGCUUUUAUGUGGCGCCGGAGGGGAUGUGGCGCGUUGAGUAUGGUCUUUCUGAGCAUAGCCUUCCAGUCAAUCCAGCCGCUGUGUUCGUGAUAGAGGCCCGCAGAAGGUUGCCUGGUUGCGUGACCCCGGCACCUUCAAGGCUAGAAAUGACUUCAUCGUGCGCGCUUGUACCUAACGGAACGCGAAGAUACCCCGGCAAGUCUACCAGUAGUAUUUGGUGCGGGUUGGGUGAUUGGCCGAUGGAUGACAAAACCAUAUAUGUAGACCGCCACGGCACCCUGCACGCAAAGCUGGAGAUGACGAUAAAACCUUUGGAAUAGUGCUGCCGUGUCAGUAUCCCGUCGUAAUAAAGGCGAGCAACGUC